CUCGGUGGGAGGGUGGGGGUCCGUUGCUGAUGCUGGGCAGAUUGCGUUUAUCUCCGCAUCUCUGCUCCGCUACCCUUAAUGCUGCCACUGGAUGGCUGCGCGUCGCACUUCGACGUGAGAUCAUAUAUUGAGGGCUUCAUCUGAUUAGAGAAAGCAAACAAACAUGACAGACAGUACGACUUCUGAUCCAUGCCCUGUUCCCAAUCCGACUAUUGUGGACCCGUCGGUUGUGCGAAACGGACAAUGCGCCGCUGCCCAGGAUCCGAACCUACCCAAAAGUGGGAGCCAGGGCGAUCCUUUCAACAUGGACCGGGACCAGGAGAUGAAAAUCACAGAUAGCGUUGAGGGCCAAGAUCUCUUGGAGAGCAGCAUGCGCCUGAAGCCUCACGAAGCUCAGAGUUACAGGAAGAAAGCUUUGUGGGUGUCCUGGAUCUCCAUUGUGGUGACGCUUAUCCUGGCUGUGGCAGGCUUCACUGUAUCCUUCAUGAGACACAGUGCAUCAGCUUUUGGAUUUGCCUUUGACGCGAUGUUAGAUGUUCUUUCCUCCAUUAUAGUGCUGUGGCGCUAUAGCAACGCUGCAGCAGUGCACUCUGCCCAUAGAGAAUACAUAGCAUGUGUGAUCCUGGGAGUGAUUUUCAUCUUGUCUUCUAUGUGUAUUUUGGGAAAGGCCAUCCAUGAUCUGGCCACCAAACUUCUUCCUGAAGUGGAUGACUUCCUGUUCAGCGUUUCUAUCGUCAGUGGCCUCAUGUGUGUCAUUCUUGCUGUUGCCAAGUUCAUGCUGGGAAGGAUUUUGACCAGCAGAGCCCUAAUCACUGAUGGCUUUAAUUCUAUGGUUGGAGGCAUCAUGGGAUUUUCCAUCCUCAUCAGUGCUGAGGUGUUUAGACAUCAUCCCACCAUCUGGUACCUGGACGGAACCAUUGGGGUCCUGAUUGGACUCAUCAUUCUAGCUUAUGGGGUCAAGCUGUUGAUCGACGUGGUGCCACGAGUAAGACAAACUCGAAACUAUGAGCGCUUUGAGUAACGCUGGUUCAGAAGAACAAAAAAGGCAUCAUAUGGAUCCAGUUAUCCCUCUCGGCUCCUGCAGCUCUCUCAACUCACACAAUACCCAAAUACAUCCAGGAAUAAAGUCUGCUGGCAGCCAAUUCAGCAUCAUGUAUUGUAGAACCACCACUCUGAUCAGCUCCUGAUGUCUUCUUUCACUCAGCACAACAUUUAAGAGAAGGAAGAAGAAUGAGCUGGUUAGUGGAUCGGUGUCACUCCUGGCACUCAAGAUAUCGUCCUGAAUGGAGUCACUGGUUUUAAACAUUGUCACAUCCAUAAAAUUCUAUUAUGCCACAUUUUAUGUUUUUGUUUCUUAAAUUAUGGAGGAAGACAUUGAUUUAUACUAUAUUAUACUCAUUGUUUAAUGAAAAAUCAUGUGACUGUGUAUGUGAAACCAAACAACUAUAAUUCAUUUUAGAUCAGUUUUAGAGAUCAUCUUUCUGUUACAUCACAUCGUCCCACCUGUUGUCCCCCAGAAUGAUUUAAUUAUAUGGUAUGUUUAUAUAUUAGUGUA